AAUUUUUUUUUUUUUUUUUUUUUUUUUUUUUCUUUCUGCCUAUUGGUGUAAAGCUUAAGUUUUCAAACCCUAACUGCUGUUAACUAUAAAUUUGAAGUAGCUUUUAUUGGAAAGGUGUUUUAACUGACAUUAGAACUACUAACCGACUUAAGCCACUUAUAUUGUUACAUGAGUGACUAAAACCCAAAGCAGUGUAGGAGAUGAAGGGGGGGGGGGGGGUAUGUCUCCUUAAACCCGAAUCUGUCCUGUAGGACAUAGAGAUUUAUCCUCCAGAGGUGGCUGAAUUUGUAAUGACCAAGCAUGUACUGUAUAAAAUGGUUUUCUGUUCCCCCUUCACAAAAGGGGAAGCUAGGUCUUGUUAAUGCUUUAAGCAUUUUUCUUUCACAGGUACAUAGUGAACACCACCAAUUCCUUUUUAAUGUUUUAUUUACUGGUACCUUUUUAUACAAGGUUGAAAUUUAAAACAGUCCCAAUAUAUCUGAAUUGACCGCAUUUUCCUUCUUUGGCACUGAAUAUGGACGAAUUGGCGCCCUCUAGCGGCGGUUUGGGUCUGUUGUCCGCACCACAGUUUGUUAAACAGGCAGCGCCUUCAGCAUGCGGCUGUAACAAGGGAAAAGCCACCUGAGUAAGCUAUCAUUUCUCUGACCUGCAUGAAGAUAUGGAAGCUACUAAACCUGGUACGCUACAAAUCAUACAGUGGCGCUAUCAGAAAGCACAGGAAUGCCUCAAUGCAGGAAUUCUGGAGGAUAACAUGGGAAAUAAAGACCGUGCAAUUGCUCUGUACCGACUGGGAAGACGACACGUCCUCCAUGGCCUGGAAAUGGCCUUUGACCAGAAUGUUGCCCAGCAGAUUCCAGUGAAGAUGAAUGAAAUGCUUAGCUGCAUCACCACUCGGCUGACUUUCCUUGAGUCCACUUCAGGAGCCUCUGGUACCCAGAAUUCCUAUCCAGUCCCAUUACAAUCCCUAUCAACAUCUAGCAGCCAUAAGAAACAAGUGCUUGCUUCAAAGCCUUUAGGUGGAGCUCAGUGUCUUCCACACUCACCUGCCAUGGCCUCUGAUGUGCCCAGGGAUCUGCCACCAGCCUACACCCCACAGGCCACAGAUGGAUGUGUUUCCAUUUCUCAGCACAAUAAUGUGACCUGUCCUUCCCCACCAACAGCAGAGCUGGUUUACCACAGUAAAGAUGUUCUAUUUUUCCUUCCUCAUGGGGUACAGAUAUUCUUUGUUACACCAAAUGGGCAAGUCAGUGCUCCGUCAUAUCCAGGUUAUCUGCGCAUCAUCCUGAACAGCAGCCAGCAUUACGAUAACGAUGAUACCAAUAACACCAGACAUCCUCUAGCUUACCUGCAGGUAUGUGAUUGGCACUACCCCCUGUUUCCAGACUUACCAGUCCUGCUUAGUGACACGGGUGUGUUCACAUUCUCUGAUACCAUGGCAGCCGAGCCUGGGUCCUGCGUUGGGGUUGUGUUGUCAACCGAGCUGCCUGCAGGGGAAAGAGCUCUUUUUCAUGAACAUAUCUCCAUAUUUACACAGCUUAGAGUUCAGUCUGCAGAGGAUAAUGGAGCAGAUGAGGCAACGGGCAGGAAAAUUAACCUGAAUGCAAAGACUCACAUCAAUCCUUCAGAGAACACAGCAGAUGAGAAGAAUUUACCAGGAUGGAGUGAGAAGAUGUCGAAGAGCAUCACAGCAGGGGCUUCAUGGCUCAGUCGGGGCCUUGUGCAGGGAGCAGAAGCCACAAGUAAAGCUAUCCACACUGGAGCAAUAAAACUACGUGAACACAUCACUCCAGAGGAAACACCAGCUGUGGUCAGCCCUAGAGUCACCACAGGCCUGAGUGCAGCUCAGCAGGCUACUGGGGGAGCUGUCAAAGUGAGCCGAUUUCUGGUUAAUGGCCUUUCAACUGUGGUUGGACGUGUUGGGAAGGAAAUAACACCUCAUGUCAAGAAACAUGGCAGCAAACUGAUUCCAGAAUCACUAAAAAGUAAUAAAGAUACCUGCACCAACAUGACUGGAGCCAAAGUAGUAGCUGCUAGUAGCUUAAAAGGUCUCUCAACCAUAUGGUCUGGUUUGGAAACCGCAGCAAAGAUAAUUGGUAAAAGUACAACCUCUGAGACGGUGCUGACUGUCAAACACAAAUUUAGGGGUUUAGAAGGCAUCCUGGAUUCCCCUAGCAGCAGUUAACUGGUGGCUGGAAAUAACACUAAUUUAAAUCUGUAGACUGAUUCAUUAAUGACUAACACUGCUUUUAAGUGCCUUAUUGUCUGGUACAUUUUGCCAUUCAAAGGUUACUCAACAGGUGACUGGUUUUACUGAGGAGCCCCUGCUGUAAGUUAAGUGCAAUAAACACAAUGAAUACAGUAAUCUGUUUGUUUCCUCUUAUUAUUCCACUAUUGACUUUCAUGCUGCAAAUAUCACAUAGCGUUUUUCUGUGUAAGGAUCCAUUAUGACUUUUUCAUUUCAACACUAGUAUACCUUACUCACAGGUUAAUUACUUGUUUUUUUCUGUUUAUGCAUGACUGCCAAUUUAGUCUGUCCAAUUUCAAGAUACACUUGGCUGUGUUAAAAUACUGUUUGACAUGCCCUUGUCGACUUUCCCUCAACCAUAUCAGGAGCAACUUUUAAUAUACACUAUAUGGCUAAACACCUGACAACACAUUUGUGUAGCUCUUCCCCACACUUUUGCCACAAUGUUUGAAGCACACAUUGGUCAAGAGUGUCUACAGUUUCCCUUCACUGGAACUAAGGAGCACAAACCUGUUUCAGCCUGACAAUGCCACUGACGAGGUCCAUAAGGUCAGAGUUGGGUUGGAGUUUAAGAACUUGAGUGACCUGUGCAGAGCCCUGACCUCAACCGUACUGAGCACUUUUUGACAAGCUUACAUGUUGGCAUAUUAAUUAGCCAGAAAGCCAGAUUUUUUUCUUUCCACUGUCAUCCAGAUUAUCUGUAAAGCUGCUUUGUGGCAAUAUCCAUUGUCAAACAAAUACAAAAUUCCUUUUAAUAUAAUAGAUCACUAGCCACAAAAUCACUUAGCACACUUUGUAUUUGUGAAGGUCAUUCCUUGUAAGUUAACACUUCACAUGACCGAGUAAGCAAUUCUGUAUCUCCAAUAAUGUAUAAUACCUUCAGUAAUGUGUAAUAAUGUACCUAGAUGUUCUGACCUGGUCU